ACCGGAAAUAAUUAAAUCCAGCAAUGCCUCAGACUUCAGAAGGACGACUCAGACCGGGUGAAGACCUAAAGAAAUUCUCCUGCUUGACGUGCCGACAGCGCAAGGUCAGGUGUGAUCGGCACAACCCAUGUUCUCACUGUGUAAAGGCAGCAACGCAAUGCAGCUUUAUUGCCCCCGUGCGCGGCAAGCGGAAGUUGACAAAACCGCCCAAGGAGGGGCUUCACAGUAAAUUAAAACGAUACGAGGAGAUGUUAAAAGCGUACGGAGCAAACAUAGAGCAAUCCGACUACGAGAAUUUGUCAGACGCGGACGUGGCAUCGGAGCCUGAUGUUGAGAUGACCGAAGCCGAAGGAGCCAAGUCUCAUAAAGAGGGCCCUGACGAACCUUUUACGUUUGACAAAUCCAAGUCAAGGCUUGUAAGUAAGAAUGGCUCGUCGAGGUAUUUUGAUAAUGAAAUAUGGUCCAACAUAGGAGACGAGUUCCACCAUCCCGAUGAAGCAGGGUUCGUUGAGUGCGUUGGCGAAAUGACUGUUCGGAUAUCGGACGUCUUUGUCGAUACAGCUGACGAGAAUGGUCUUUUGCUGGGCACCUACUCAAAAAUCGACAAUAUCACAAGCCUCCACCUUUCUUCUCAUAUACUGAAAAGGGUCUUCGAUAUUUUUGUCGAUAGAGUGGAUCCCUUGGUGAAACUCUUGCAUCUCCCUACAUUUUGGACCACCCUCACAAAUGCGGUUGAGAACCCACAUGACGUGUUGAAAAGCGUCGAAGCACUCAUUUUCGGAUUCUAUCUCAUGACAAUCUCCUCUUUGGAUGAAGAUGAAUGCCGCUCACUUUUUGGAGAGGACAAAUCGAUCGUUUUUACACGAUAUAGAAUCGCAGCUCGCCAGACGUUGAUGAACGCGGGAUUUCUCAAAACAACUAGCCUAGUGACCCUGCAAGCAUUUAUGAUGUUCCUUAUGGGCAUGAAAGGAUGUUACCAGAGUGAUACGAUGUUCAUCCUAUCAGGAGUUGCCGUCCGGCUUGCCCGGCGCAUGGGCCUUCACCGCGACGGGACAUCCCUUAAUCUCUCUCCAUUCGACACAGAAAUCCGAAGGCGUCUUUGGUGGAUGAUUGUCUUCAUCGACUGUCGCACAUCUGAUUUCUCAGGCACGAGGCCGUCUAUGGAUCUUUUUCUCAGUGACACCAAGAAACCUCUCAAUGUCGAAGAUGAAGACCUCACGCCCGACAUGGUCGAGCCACCGCCAGAACGGACCGGUAUCACAUCCAUUGUGCUUUCUUUGAUAAGAUUUGAUAUUAUUGAUUUCUUGCGCAAAGUCAAAUCGCAGCAUUCGUACGAUGUUGGGUGGGAGAAUCUUACCGGCCAGGCCGUCACACCCGCUGAGAGGGACAACCUGAUCAAGCAGGUCGAGGGCAUCUUAGAGACAAAAUAUCUUCGCUAUUUUGAUCCAUCGAAUCCUCUCCAUUAUUUCUCAUCGGUUCUUGCUAGGUCAGCAAUAUGCAAGAUGAACCUAUACGCCUACAACCCCCGCCAAUUCGCCAACUGCGGCGCCAAAGUCCCACAAAGAGCACGAGACAUAAUAUUCACCAACGGAAUGAAACUCCUCGAAUACGGCAACCUAUUACACAGAGAUCCGAAUCUGCGGAAAUUUUCAACACAAACAAGCUCGGGUUAUAUAUGGGACACGCUGCUCUACGUGCUCAUCGAAGCGCGCAACCGCAAGAUAGGGCCAGAUGUCGAUCGUGCGUGGAAGCUGAUAGGCGAAGCUUUCGAAAAUUAUCCACUCAUUUUUGCUCAGGCCACAGAGGCGCUGUAUGCUGCGCUGGGUAACUGGACUCUGCAAGUAUGGGACGACUGCGUCGCGGCGAGGAAUGCGGAGGGGAUUCCGGAACCACUGACGCCGUAUUAUAUUGAAGCGCUUCGUCGCUGUCGAACACCUGCAUCGAAGCCAGACGCCAUAAAAAACCUCGAGGGAGCAAUGGGGAGCUCUGUUGGAAAUGACAAACCCCAAUCUCAAAGGCAUGAUGGCAACUAUAGCGCUGGUUUCGAGCCUAUUGAGUCGUAUGAUUUCUCAAGUAUUUUGUCUUUUGAUUUGGAACCAAACGAAUGGGCGCAAUGGGAGCGUUUGCUGUCUGCACAGGGAAUGUAGCUGAGGAUGCCACUACGAAAGACUUGAAUGUGGUUCUGUCAAUGGUUUUUGCAUUAAUACAGGAAGGCUAGCCCUGUGGCAGACAUACUAUAUGAAGACAGACCAUCGUACCUACUAAAUCUCUUACAUUUCGAGCAGAGAUUAUCCGACGCCUGGUAGAAGCGAUCAGAUGUGCAAUCCUCGACAUAAUUAAGGCAGGCAAUAAAAAUGCCUGCCCAGAGUCGCCUCUGUGGUAUCUCAUAAAGUCGCACAGUCUCGAAGCUGGGCGAUGUCUUUCCUCGUUGGAUCCCCCAACUCCGUCAUGGGCGCCUAGCCCACAAUGAAUAAAGAGAGCCGUUAACAGGCAUUCGAUAUGGGUUCAAGACCGGCCCGUGGUAUAUAGUACAUGCCCGUAAUCAACCAACCUAC